ACAGGCCGCCGAGGGGCACUGCCGCGUGGUCAUCGCAGGGCGCUCGGACCAUCCUGCUGUCAGACCGGGGGCUCGGCGAGCGGCCGCGGGGGAGUCCCGGGCUCAGCGGAGCGCUGCAGUGCUUUGAGGCAACCAGGAGCUCGCGGAUGGCAGGGGUCGUCUGACCCCCUGUGCCCUGCCCAGCCCACCACUCCCACUCUGUCCUCUCACCUCUAGCCAUGGCGGCCCUCCUCACCCUGUUCCUGGCAGCCCUGGUGGGCCUCCCUCUAGCCCAGGCUCUGGACUGCCACGUGUGUGCCUACAAUGGAGAGAACUGCUUCAACCCCAUGCGUUGCCCAGCCAUGGUCUCCUACUGCAUGACCACGCGCACUUACUACACCCCGACCAGGAUGAAGGUCAGCAAGUCCUGCGUGCCCAGCUGCUUUGAGACCGUGUAUGACGGUUACUCCAAACAUGCCUCCACCACCGCCUGCUGCCAGUAUGACCUCUGUAACAGCGCUGGCCUCGCCGUGCCCGGGAUCCUGGCCCUGGCGCCCAUUCUCCUGGCUACCCUCUGGGGUCUGCUCUAAACCCCGCCCCCCAGGACCCACUCCAGGACAAAGUCCUGAGAGGUUCAGCCUUUCCCUUUCACCCUGCACACCCCACCCACCAGCUGCACCCCACCCCCACCCCCACCCAGCUACCCCCAGCACUGCCUGCUAGAGGGACUCCCUCGCCUGCCUGCCACCCUGGGCCUCGCUGGGCCUCGCUGGGCCUCGCUCCCAGACCACGACCUUCUGUUCUUGAAAGGUCGAUGUGGGCCCAGCCCUGCCAGAGGAGCCUGGCGAAGUGUGCUGCUUAGCUGGGGUCCUCUGCUGGCUGAGGAACACUGAUUUGAAGGGAGAUGUGGCCCGCCUUCCUGGCAGCUCUGGGAGCCAGGCUCCACCCCAGUCCACCCAGGAAGUGUGGGGAGCUGUGGGGGGAAAGUGGGUACCCAGGAUGGGUGAGGGGCCAUCCUGGGAAGAAGGGCUUUGUGGGGCACCAGGAGGGCUGUCUUUGUGCCUCUGACUUAUGCCGGGAGCUGCCCCCCGGGAGCUGUAGCUUAGAGGCCUGAGGGAGGCAGGCCUUUGUCCCCAUCUGCUGUCCCAGGUAGAAGUGCCAGGAACAUCCUGGCAGGCCUUGGCUGGGGGUUGGGGGUGGACUCAACCUAAAGAGAACCCUGAGCACCUCCCCCGCCCCCAGAACCUGGUAAGGGAGUCUUCCCUUUUUGACUCUCCCCCUUCCCCACCCUGGCCUGAGGCUGGCAGGCACUUGUGGGGGGGGCAGGCGGGCAGCUGUAUUUGGUGAAGCCCAGAGCUGACACCAGGACUAUUUUCGGCAGGGAGGGAAGCAAGCUGGGAGGGGCGGGGGUGGCCUCUGACUGCCUGAGCCGGGAGAGAGAGGGCCACCCGGGGCUGAAGAGCUCCCUCCUUGAUGGGAAGAGUGGCAUGCUGGUGCCCCCAAGCCGGCGGGGCAUUGGGACCCUCAAGAGCCCAAGAAUUGGCAUGAUUUAAAGGGUGCCCAGCCUAGGUGAACCCCAUCCCUGUCCUGGUUUGGGAAACAAGAGUCCGCCCAGCAUGGACCGUGCUGGGUAAGGGUGGCCUGGGAAACGCGUCUUCCUGCCAGUGGGGCCUGGCUGCGCACAUGUCCUCAUGCCCCAGGGCACACAGGGCUUGAGGCCUUACCUGACCAGUGUCCCCAGCUCCGGUGUCCGUAGAGGAGCCUAGGAGCCCCUUCAAGCUGUCUGUGCCUAACUUGGCAGGACGGUGGCAAAUGCUUCUAUGGUGGGAUUGUCCCUGGGACUCAGGAGCCCGUGGCCUGAGAGCUUGGCUCUCAUGGGGGGGGGGGGGAGCUGGACAGUGUGCCCGGAGAGUUUCACCCAGGCCCUUCUGGAACUCGAGGGACUGAGAGACCCUCGGGCGGGGUCCUCAGGCUUGACUGGCUGCCUGGACCUCCCAGAACGUCCGGGAAGAUGGGCCUCAUCCUGGGCCGGAAGGCGCUGCUGCGCUCGAGGUCCGCCUGGUCUCCAGCUCAGUCCCCACGGAGACCUGGGCGGCUCUGUCCUCCGCAGCCCAGCCCGGUGUGAGCGCUCCCUGGGGGAGGCUGUGAGCAAGCCAGACCCUAGCCGCGGUUCCCAAAGGUCCAGCAGGAGCCCCCCGGAGUGAUCAGCCUCGGGGAAGUGACCCAGCUCGCCCACAGAGCUGGCUGGAAGGCCGGCCCAGGCCUCUGACUGCAGAAGCCUGCGAGGAGGAAGGGUGGACGUGAGCCCGCAGCCCCAGCCGCCCUUGGCCUCCUGACUCAGUGGGAGAGGCUUGGAAGCAGUUGUUAGCUUGUGUAAGACUUGUCCCAGGUCAGCGGCGUCCUAGGCCACAGCUGGGAGGAGCGCAGGGUCAGUCCCCCCUCCCCCCAGUGGGUGAUGAUCUUAGAGACCUGCCUGGCCACCUUGGGGUUCUGGGGUCCCUGAGAGCGGGGAGCCGGGCUUGCCGCAGUAUGGGGGUGCUUAUACCUGCCUUCUGUCCCCAUCUGCCCAUCCUCCACGUGACCCCAUCCAAGGCCAAGAUCCAGAACAUUGCACCCGGCCUGGAGGACCAUGCCACACCCCUCCCCCACGCUCCCACAGCCCCCUGGCUGGCUGGGCUGUCCCCAGACCCCAGCACGGAGCCCUUGGCAGGCCCUCAGCUGAUACGGGACCCGGACCGUAGUGGGAAACCUGUGACACAACUCGAAGGGCAGUGCCGGUGGGGACCACACUGACGAGGACGGGAGCUGACCUCUGUCCGGCUUCCCUGUGCCCCGGCCACCCGCACACCAUGACCACCCUGCGAGGAGCGAGCCGUUCUCACGGCCCCUUCACAGGCGAGGCACAAAUCGGGACGGGGUGCCUGGCCACCACACCCCUGCCCCGCUGAGCAGUCUUCUCCCGCCGGCUAGGAGGCUGCACCCCCGAGCCUGGGGUGGGGAAACCAAGGAGGGGUUUUAUAAACUGAAAACAAACUGCGCCCGGGAAAUACAAGAGCUUAGGGUCAGGAGAGCUCUAGAAGGAGAAGAGUGGAACGAGAGACUUGAGAAGCCACGAGGCCCCCAGGCAGGUGUCCAGCCCUGUGUCUGUGUCCCGGUCUGGCUGGGGUUGCCAGGCUGCCCGCAGGCAGUGGGCAUGUCCUCUGUGGGGAGGGUCCCUCCAACAGAAGCGAGUACCCCCUGGACGGGAAUAGAGGUGCUCCUCGAAGCUCCCUGUGGCGUCUCAAGUCUGGAAGCAGCCCAGUCUCGGUGCCGCCUGCCAUGGGUCCCCUCGGGGCACAGCUGAGCGGCCGGAACUGUGGGCGCUGACCUUGGGGGUACUCUCCAAAGCGCCCGCCCCACUGCUGGGAGGGGAGGGGGGCAUCCACCACCCCACCUCCCUCUGCGGCGGCUGAUUUGUUAAACACCCAUCUUCCCGCUGAAAAGGGUACAAAGAAAUGGGGAGCCUCCCUCUUUCUUCUACCCCCUCCAGUGAGAUUUGUUGGGUCCUACAACUCGGGGUGCCUGGAGGUCCUCACCCACGUCUCUGAGCCUCCGCUGUCUCAUUGGUAAAAUGGGAAUGGUCGGUCCCCCCAAGCCGAGCCUCGGGAGCACGGCCGAGGCUGUGGGUGAACGUGCCCAGCCCCGGGCCCAGCACACAGGAGGCCUCAGACGGACGGAUGGACGGGUGGCCCCUCUUCCGUUUGUGCCACGUGCGAGGGCUGGGCCCUUCCAGGGCUGUGCCGCACCCUGGCAGCUAAUGCUAAGCCCCGUAGCCCUGACCCUGACCUUGAUCGGCAUGAGACCCGCCUUCGGGCCAGGGCUCCCUCCUUUGCUCACACCAUGCACCUCAGGGGGGCCCCGUCAGUGUCUCGAGUGUGAAUAAAUGGGUAAAUACA